CGCUUUUGCGCAAAGUCGUCUCAUUUCGUUUCAGUAGUUGACAAAGUGCAGUAGACGCUUGAGUGAAAAAGCCGUUUUAAUUCAUAAAGUUUUGGAGAAACUAAGCGGGUGAAAUGGCAGAUAUCGAGACAGCUCAGCAUUUAAAUGGAAUAGACACUAUCAUAGAGGAAGAUGAAUGUAACAAAACUCGCCCAGCAGAUAUCGAAGCCGAUAUGCGCGAGAUGGAGCGUCGUAAACGAGUGGAGGCCAUUAUGAAUUCACGUUUGUUUCGUGAGGAGUUGGAACGAAUUGUUGACGGUCAAAUACGCGAGGGAGGAUCCUCAAAUAUUUUGCAACAAUUAUCAGACAUUAUGGGAAUGCCAGCUGCCCGCAUUGGCAGCGUAUUCAAAAGCUCCAACUGUGUGGUGCCAAUAAACGACAUUCGAGGCAUGGAAGCCAUGGGAUACGAGAAGGGUGAAAAAAUUCUUCGUUGCAAGCUUGCUGCCGCUUUCAGACUGAUGGACUUGUACGGUUGGGCCCAGGGUCUUGGCAGUCAUAUUACAGCUCGUUUGAAUGCUGACCAGGAGCUUUUCCUGGUUAAUCCUUAUGGUGUUCUCAACCACGAAAUAACAGCUUCUUCACUGAAUAAAGUAAACAUGCAAGGAAAUAUAGUUGAACAAGGGACGACCAAUUUCGGCGUAAAUGCAUGUCUAUUCACUUUGCAUUCCGUGAUUCAUGCCGCCAGACCCGACAUCAGAUGUGCAAUAUACGUCGGUUGUAAUUCAGUCUUCGCAAUUUCAGCCUUAAAGCAAGGUUUGUUGCCACUCACUAGAGAUAGCGCACUGCUAGGCGAAAUAUCUGCUCACACAUAUACAGGAGCAUUGUAUGAGCCAGAAGAGAAGGACAAGCUGUUAAGAAGUCUAGGACCAGUAUCGAAGAUAUUAUUUUUAUCGAACCAUGGUGCAAUUUGCGGCGGUGAAACCGUCGAAGAAGCUUUUUAUGCUGUUACACAUAUAGUCGCUGCAUGUGAAGCACAAUUAAAACUACUGCCGGUAGGUUUGGACAACCUCAUUUUGAUCCCUGAAGAGACACGAAAGGCCAUUUAUGACGCUUCUCGAAAACCACCAGAAGGUUUUCCAUCUACCACUGUGUCUGCUGAUAACAAGGAACGGUCUCAAGUGCCGAAAUGGAGGGUAGGCGGUGCAGAGUUUGAAGCUCUUAUGCGAAUGUUGGAUAAUGCUGGUUUCAGGACUGGUUAUAUUUAUAGAAAUCCUUUGGUUAAAAAUGAUCUACCAAAGCCGAAGAAUGAUGUUGAAGUUCCUCCGGCAGUUUCAUCCCUAGGAUAUCUGAUCGAAGAAGAAGAAUUGUUCAGGCAGGGGAUCUGGAAAAAAGGUGACUUUCGGAAGGGUGGAGAUCGUUCAAGAUGGCUGAACUCACCAAACGUCUACCAAAAAGUAGAAGUAUUGGAAACAGGCACACCAGAUCCGAGGAAGAUAACGAAGUGGGUAGCGGAAGCCUCGCCAACGCAUUCGUCGACUCCAGUCAAAAUAGAUGGUGCUUUACAAUUCGUACCGCCCAAUACAAAUCCGAAAGAAUUCAAACGAAUUCAGCAGCAGAUUAAAGACUAUCGUCGGUCUGACAAAAUUUCUGCCGGUCCACAGUCGCAUAUUUUAGAAGGUGUAUCUUGGGAUGAAGCGAAUCGACUGAAAGAUGCGAAUGUAUCUGCGACUGGGGAUCAUGUUGUUCUCAUGGGGGCAGCGUCGAAAGGCAUCAUUCAACGCGGCUAUCAACAUAAUGCCACAGUGUAUAAGGCACCAUAUGCGAAAAAUCCGUUCGAUUCCGUUACUGACGAUGAGUUAAAUGAGUACAAAAAAACAGUUGAAAAAAAACGACAAGGAGAUUAUACUACUGACACAGAUUUUUCAGAAUCUGAAGCACUAAGCUCUCUCCAGAUUUCUGAGAAAACUAAGAACCAAACCGUUAGUCCUCCGAGCCAGUCAGAGCCAGAAGACACUGCCGUUGAACCUCAAGUGCUCAAAAUAGAAAUGAAACAAGUUCCCAAGGCUAGCCAACCCGAAGUGGUACUGAGCGACGGUGAAAACGUCCAGAACGGCGAUCAUUCAGAUACUCACAUGAGCACAUUUUCACAUAGCAGCAAAGAGGAUGUGUCAACUGAAGGUUCACCGAAAAAGGAUAAGAAAAAGAAAAAGGGUUUGCGGACGCCAUCAUUUCUGAAAAAAAGGAAGGAUAAAAAAAGAACCGAGGCCUAAAUGCAUAAAAAAAUAUAAACAGCGACAGAAGAAUGUGUUUAAAUCAUUAUAUUUAUGUCCUAUUACUAUUAACUAUUUAUGUUCGUCAAUUCUUCAGCGCAACCUAAAAAGCUAUACAAAAUCAUAGCGAUUAGGUUAUUAUUCGACACUACAUUAUCUGGAAUUUCGGUUCUUCCUGUUACUUGUUGAAGGUUGAAUGAUCUAGACCAAGUGCAUUUUAAUCACAUUUUAAAUUUAAGAAAAUAAAUUCACAAGCAGCUUAUGAACGACGAUCUAUUUUGAGCAUAAGAAUGAUCAAUUAUUCGAGAAAGGGCGUUCCUUAUUGUGAUGAUUUUGAAAUAUGAUCCUAUUUUAAAUCAAUGCAACAUUUGAAGAUUUCAGAUAACAGAUUCAUCCUCUUGAAUCUGAUUCAAUUUUUGUUAAUUGAAGAUAGAGUUUUUUUUUGUGGAUUAUGUAAAGAUAAUAACUUAUAAAUCUCCAGGGUCCGAAACAAUUGUUACCUCGUUCACAUGCAGUUGUGGGACAAGCACAAUAUACAGUUGAUCGCCAUUUACACAAUCAAUAGUUUGCACUGCAACGGAAAAUUGUAUAACGAAGGCACACAUGCUGAUUUCACGCGAUUUUAUAAUAUGAACUAAUUACACACGAAAAACUGCGUGUGAUCAAUUUAAGUGUAAAUAUAAAAAAUCGUACUAUGUUCACCCCAAAAGUAAGUGUACCUACAUUCAAUUGACGAAUUUACGCAAAGUUUCAUCAGCUCAUGCGACACCUACAUCAGAGCUCAGAACUACGAAAGUGAUGAUGUUUGUUUAUUCUACGCACUUAAAAGCAAGAUUCGGUCGUGAUUAUUUUCAUUAAUUUAUAUUUAAAAUCAUUUUAGCCAUUAAAUGUCAUCAGUAAAUGGUAAGAAAACUAUAUUUUUGUCUAUUUCCAAUGGUCCCAACACCCGCUUGGACCAAAGUCAUAGAUAAUCUUCAAAAUGUUUAUUUUUUUUUAUCCAAAAUAUAUAUUUUAUUAAGGCUCAUAUGGCGUCAGCCUAACGGGGCUGGGAGUUCAAUAUUUUGACAAAGUUUGCUUAGACUAUGUUAGUAAUAUGUAACCGAUUACUCGCGGUUGACUCGAGGUUAGUAUUACAAGUGUUCUCAUAAUUGGAUUGUCUUCGAUGCUCUGUACGUGUGCCCGACAUGGGAUACUUCCUAUUGGGAUGCAGCUGACCGUUAAUCAGCAACGCCCCCCUAGUCUGUACCCCAUAUCUAGCGUGGUGCGUCUUUCUCGACUCGAGGAAUCCAGGAUAGAAUGGUCACUAGCCGGCGCAAUCAUCAGCUCGUGUAGAGUUGUCAUGAGCGGUACAACCUUUGGCUCUUGUUGAAUCAUCAGUGGACUGCACAAUCUUCGGCUUGUUUAUGUUUGAUAGUGAAUAUAGGUUAUGAGUACUAACUUCCGGACAUUUUUCAGAAGCUCAAAUUGUGCAGACGGUGCAAUCGACAUCAUAUUAAGUUUGUUGAUAUCAUUGAUUAUUCAGGUGAUUCUUUUCGGCCGAUACGAGAAGGAUCUGCAAUAUUUGAAGCGCGACAAAUGCCUAUCGUUUGCCUAGUGAAAAAAUGUAUAUUACAACACUUGUACCGAAUCAUUCGUUAUAUGUUAUGAAUGAAACAAUGUAAAAUGAAGAUUUUCUAAGCUUUUCAGCGUAGAAAGAAUACUUCAAUCCGGGAAAUUUGCAGAAGAUCUCCGAUUUUUCAGAAAAAAUCAAAUCAAUUCCAUAGUCUGCUUCGAAACAUGACAUUCAUGAAGAAUUCCGCAGCGUUUCUUCCAUUGUUCAUAGCAGUGAUGAAAGUUAUUUUCCUUAAAUGCAAAAAAAUCGCAUGAUUCGACCGUUGGGAGUAUGUAAAGAGUGGAACAGUCAAAAACUGGUCAAACAUAUUAGGGUACACACUGAUCAUGUUGUUAUAUAAAUGAUCAAAACUUCGUUUCUUUUUGAAGUUUAAUGACUACAAACUAUAGGAAAAUAAAACGAUUUCUAGUUUCUUCUACAUAAAAUCGAUGAUACCGGGCAAAAACAACGGUUUUUGUUCGUGCUGUCUCAAAAACGACACAAGCUAUUCCUGGAAACAUUCAGUUGUGUAGAUCUCCUCGUUUAUGGUGCCUUUGGUCACAAAUGGUUCACUCCGUUUGCCACUUGUUUCACUGUCAUCCGUUCCUGGAGCCUUUGAAGAACUCUUGAGACUGUUGAAUGAUGUAUAUUCAUCAGUUUUUCCCAGGCGCUAUGCAUCAACCCAGGAUUUUGCAUGUUGGUGAACAAAAUCACAUCGCGAAUAGUUUGCUUUCUUUCAUCAUCUCGUCCGGAAUCUCACUGACAACUGCUUAAAUGAGUCGAUGAAAACAACACUCUAAAGAGAAGCUGGGUAACAUUUGAUUUGUCUCGGUCAAGUGUGAAAAUAGUUACGCAAACUUAAAGCGUUGCAAUAAUUAGUUAUAUUUCAAGGAGCAAACGUACACUUAGUUUUGGGACAAACUCCAUAGUUAUUUGUUAUAUGACGAGAGAAGAGAAUGCACUCGAACAAUAUAAGUUUUUAUACUGAACAAUCAAAACGAUUCGCAUAACCAAUUGAAAAAUUUGUGAACGUGAACUCGUGAUACUAUCAUUUCAUUUAUAGCUAUUAUCAAUUAUUAUUUCAAAUAUCGCGUGAAACAGCAAAAUCAUUUAGGCAUGUCAAUUAUUUUUCAUAUCAGGUUCCAUUCCUAAGUUAGAGCCAGAGCUCUACUUCACGAGUCAAUGUUAGUACAGUGGCUUACGGCAGGAUGCUCUUGUUACCCUUAGACCUUUUCUCAUUCUAUUUCUUUCUUUUUUUAGGGUUGACAACGAGUAUAUUGCGGGUGGUAAAGCUGUACUAACUAAAAUGACGCAAAUGUUCACAUAUAUUUUAUUGAUAUGGCGUAUCAUUAUGGAAUAGAGGUGAAUGAACUGAAAAGUUUAAAAGUCUAUAAUUCAUCACGUUCGUUCGUAUCAUUAUCGUUCUAGUUUUAUACUUGUAUAUAUAUUUUCUUGUAAAUACAUGAAAAUCAAAACGACCUGGAAAAAUUAAUCGAAAUGCGGAAAAUUUUCUGUUUGUUCGAUUGGAAAGGUUGAGCUGAAGCUAUUUAGAUUCAUCUUGCCCACAUAAAUCACAUUACUGUAAUCCAUUUCAUUUAUACGCAAAAUUUAUUCGCGAGUAGUUUUAACCAUGUAGUUUUUGAAGUUUUUAAGUUGCUUAUUUUUGAACGUACAUCAUCAUCAUAGAGGGAUACAAUUUGUUUUGAAUAUAAUCUACGAUGGCAUGCUAAAUUAUGUUUAAAGAUGAAAAUAAAUGCAAAAAAUGGAAACCAUGAGAAGGGAAUUCCAACUGAUAACAUGAAGUUGUCUAAUUAUAUGACCUACGCAAUUGAUAUUUGACACACAGUAUGUUUUUAUUGUUUGUCGUUUGUUAUGCACUAAGAAAAAGAUGCGCUGAUCCAAAACGUCGCUUGUUACCAACGCCUGUUUUUACGAUGACUCAUAAUCGAUUUUUAUAUAUGAAUCAAAAGAAAAUAAAAGACCGCGAGUGAAUGAACACACCCUCCCAACCAGACAUGAAUUAUUAGUGACAUCAUUCAUCCGGAUAGUGAGACAUUUUUGUUAGUGUAGUCAGAAUAAAACUGUUGUCAUCAAACGAAAUACAAAUCGAUUCAUAAUGUAAGCUUCAAAGUGUUCACGAAGAAUAACAAAUGAUGAUAAAUAUAAAUAGAACAAGAAAUGAUGCUUGACAUAAAGUGUGCAGCCUGUAUAAUUUUUAUCGGAGUCCUUUGCCUGAGAAAAAUAAAAAGUAGAAAUGAAAAACAA